AUGGAAGACUCCCCACACGCAGAAACACCACCCCUCGAAAAAGCAACCACCCCACCUAUCAACGAAUUAUUGACUCGGCGAACAAGUCGAUUAACACAACGUCUUCCUUCCAGAAAAUCGAGUGGUUUACUUGUUCGGAUGCAUUCAAACACUGGAUCAGGUACAGCUCUGAAUGUCAAAAAGUCGUCAGCUAACCCACGUCUUGUCCGCUUGGCAAGUCGGAAACCGUCUUUAAAACUUGAGUUGUCGAUGAAAAGGAAUCGUUUUUGUAUUAUCGACGAAUUGAUCACGACAGAAGAACGGUACGUCUCUCUGCUCGAUAUCUUAAUAGAGAGAUAUGCCACUCCAUGUUCACACGUAGAAUCCCUCUCGGGGUCAUUUUACAAGACGGUCUUUGGCGAUGUGAUAUCAAUACACAAACUGAACACUUUAUUCCUGAACAAACUCCACAACAUAUAUAGUGGUGUUUUUACUCUUGGUGAUCCUGAAGAUGACCAACGCUUUGAGGCAUUGAUUCUCUGUUUCUUGCGAUUUGUGGAGGUGUUCAAGAUAUACGCUUUCUUCAUUAACAACCACCAGAAGUCACAUAAAAUGAUUUCCGAUUAUUACAGAGACAAUUUAAUAUUCAAAAAUAUUUGUAACAAAGUCGAUCCAAAACUCAACGGACCGACAGGCAUUUUUGGGCUGUUAAUUAACCCCGUCCAACGAGUUCCAAGGUAUUCACUUCUCAUUAACGAAUUGUAUAAAAACACGUUGCCAGCGGAUAGAAGCAAAAACUUGAGGGAGUUGAAAACGAAAGUGGAGGGCCUUGCCGAAUUAAUUAAUCAAUCGAAACGAAUCAAAGUGAGACAAGACGUCAUGAUGGAAUAUGCGGAAACGUUAACAAAUUUCGCUGAAGUGAUUGGAGAAGAAUUGGUGAUGGCUGGAAGACUCUUUUCGUCUGAAUUUGAAAUGAUGUGUUACUUCAACAAAAAGAUAUUUGAGUGCGUCCUCCUCUUAUUCUCUGACACAGUUUUGAUAUGCAAAAGGAAAAAACGUCGACUCAUUGUGUUGUUUGGAGCUAAGGCAGAGUUCUGUCACGUCCACACAAAUUUUAACCAAAACACAAGAGUCAAGGAGAUUUACCAAGAGGCCAUCAAUAAAAGUCAUGACCGUGCUAAGAUGGUAUUAAAAGAAGUCCUCUGCCUCGAGCUAAUCGGGAAGAGUAACAAAAAUCAAAAGCCAAAAAAUCGUAUUUUCAUGUUGUGGCAAAACGGAGAAAACCAAAACUCAACACCAAAAGUAGAGACUUCAAUUGUUAUUGCGGGAAGAAACGGAACAAUCUCGAAUAACACUAAAAUGAGACUUUCUCUUGCUUUGUAG